AUGGAAGAAGAGCUUCGGUGUGUGGUUUGCAAGCAAUUGUUUGUGAACCCCGUGUUAUUGCCAUGUUUCCAUACCUUGUGUUUAGCUUGUGCAUUGGAUACGCAAGUUCCUUCCGCAGCGCCCCUGAGUGCUAACCAAACUGUCGUUCAAGUUCAAGUGCAUCAUUCCGCCACAGCGCACAUCCAAUCACAAAUUCACUCGUCGUCAGCUUCAUCAGCGGCAUCUACCGGCAGUUCAAGCGCCACAGAAAGCAUCUCCUCCGACCAAGAUCAAGCCGACAAAGUUAGUAUCUUGAGCGAAGCUGAUUCCGGCGUCAUUUGCUAUACUUCGUCGCGUCCCGGAUCGUACGCGGGAACUCCAAAUUUGCAAGGUUUACUAUUCCCGCCGCAAGGUGUCGGUAGUUCAUCGUACAGUCUUGCGUGUCCCGUUUGUCGCAAACUUGUCUUUUUCGACGAGAACGGCGCCCGAAAUUUGCCGACAUAUCGCGCCAUGGAAAAUAUCGUCGACAGAUUUUGCGAAAGGGAAGCACUGAGAUGCCAAAUGUGCGAAACAAUUCCGCCAAAAGUGGCAUCCGUGAUGUGCGAACAAUGCGAAAUCCGGUAUUGCGAGGGUUGCAAGGAGCUUUGUCAUCCGGCGAGAGGUCCUUUGAAGGAACACACACUCAAGAGACCACGUGGUUCGAGUCAAGUGCGCGAAAGUAUCUGUGGCGAUCAUACGGAGCCGUUAACGCUCUAUUGUAGCACGUGCAAGAUACCAACAUGCAGUCAGUGUCUCGCCGAACAACGACAUCAAUCGCAUGACAUUCAAUCGAUUGCCAGCAUGUGUAAAGCACAAAAGACUGAACUAUCACACAAUCUACAGCAAUUGUCAGAAAAGGCGCGAUCUACGACAGAAUUUAUCCAAAGACUGAAAGGAAUGAGUGAUAAAGUAACGGAUUCUUGUAUCGAAUUUGAACGCCUCGUAAUCGAGCAAUGCGAAAACUUGAUAAGAGCCAUCAACGAACGUCGUGAAUUCCUGUUAGAUGCCAUCCGAAUGGACAAAGAAUCGAAAAUCCGGAUACUGAAGGAGCAACAAUUGAAUUGCACGGGAAAGUUGCAACAAACCACAGGCCUCAUACAAUUUUGCAUCGAGGCGCUAAAGGAAACCGAUAGUGCGGCUUUUCUGCAGGUUGGUUCAAUGCUGAUAAAUCGUGUUGCAAAUACCGAUAUGACUUGGCAUCAGGAGGUAACGAAUGCCGCGCCACGAGUGUCGCCCAUUGUUGACUUGACAUUAGACGAUGCAAGUGUUUUACGUGCCAUAGAUAAUCUUAAUUUUAUACAAAUAAAACCCGCAAAAGAUGGAGAAGAGCGUUUACCAGCAGUUCCUGCAGCGCCACAAAUCAUUCCCGACGAAUGUUCAGCGGAAAAUAACUCCGUAACUGUUGCAUGGCAGGCACCCAAUAGCUCACACUCCUUCGUGCAAGGCUACGUAUUGGAGCUCGAUGAUGGAAGCGGCGGCGAAUUCACGGAAGUUUAUUGCGGCAAAGAGACAAUUUGCACGGUUGACGGUUUGCACUUCAAUUCCAUGUACAAUGCGCGUGUCAAGGCAUUCAACAGUGCUGGCGAAGGCGAAUAUUCGGAGCUAAUUGGACUGCAAACAGCUGAAGUUGCUUGGUUCUCCUUCGAUCCAACGCUCAGUCUCACGCCGUGUUCCAGCAUGAUGUUCAUGAACAACAAUCAAACCGUCACAGCGGAUGGUUGGGAGCACUGCGUUGCCCUCGGUUCUGUCGGGUUUUCACGAGGCGUGCAUUAUUGGGAAUUCACAAUCGAUAAGUACACAGCAGAUACGGACCCGGCAUUCGGUGUUGCGAGAAUUGAUGUUGCACGGGAUAAAAUGUUAGGCAAAGACGACAAAGGCUUCGCAAUGUAUGUCGACAAAAAACGUUCUUGGUUCCAACACAACUCCAUGCAUGAGCGUCGUGUCGAAGGCGGCAUCCAAACAGGCAGCACAAUUGGCGUUCUGCUCGAUCUUGAACGUCACACACUUCGUUUCAUCGUCAACGAAAUGCCACAAGGCGCUGUCGCUUUCCGAGAUUUAUACGGCGUCUUUUAUCCCGCAGUCAGUAUUAAUCGUGGCGUUACUCUAACACUCCAUUCGGGCCUCUAUGCGCCUCACAUGGACUAUCAUUAGCAUAAGGACGACGAAAAAUGUUAAACUUUUCCAUCACAUAUCCAGAAUUUAUAGCAGCAAGUGUAAAUAGAGAGCUAAGUAAAUUAUUUGUACAUAAAAAAAAAAUUAGCAAAAAAA